GUCUGAGACAAAUCUGGAUAUAUUUCCGAUACCUACGUGGUCCCGGGCCCAAGUACAGGACAUACUCUGUUCGGCACGGUGCCAGUCACCGACCAGGGUUUGAGAAAGCAGGCGUAUAAAUGCUUGCCCACAUGCAACUCAGACUAGAGGGGGAAAACAGAUCUAUAAAUAUGAAUUUACAGCCUGAAGCAGGGAACACAGGAUGUUAAAGAAACAUAAAGCUGGAUCUACUUUCACGACAUCUCCUAAACCCAGUUUCUCUCUGCGCUUUUUUCUCGCGCGCUCCCGCAGUUCAAAAAGCCUAGGUCCCAGGCCGGCCGGGGGACGCGACGCGGGCGGGGCAGCGGGGGCAGUGCUCCCGGCCGGACCUCAUUGGCUUUCGGGCCGGAGGCGGCGCGCGGCUCUGCUGCGCAUGCGCUCCUCACACGUGCUUCCAGUGCGCCCCGUCCACCGCUUCUGCCCAGCAGGCAGCAUGCUGCGAAUUUCUUUCUUGCGGCUACUGGGACACGGAAGGAAGAGUAGGGUCUCGCUUUUGGAGUACUGUAGGCCCCGCUGCUACAGUUCGGGCCCUCGCUUUGCCCGCGACGAUGCUCGGGACGCGCGCGCCUACUUCACGACGCCCAUUUUUUACGUAAAUGCGGCGCCGCACAUUGGGCACCUGUACUCGGCGCUGCUGGCGGACGCCUUGUGCCGCUACCGUCGCCUGCGAGUUCCCAGCGCUGCCGCCACACGAUUCUCCACUGGUACCGACGAGCACGGCCUGAAAAUCCAGCAGGCAGCUGCCGCUGCGGGCCUGGCCCCGACCGAGCUGUGCAACCGAGUUUCUGCCCAGUUCCAGCAGCUUUUCCGGGAAGCUGGCAUCUCCUCCACCGACUUCAUCCGCACCACCGAGGUCCGGCACCAGGUAGCGGUGCAACAUUUCUGGGAGGCGCUGAAGGCUCGGGGUCUGCUGUACAAGGGGCUCUAUGAGGGUUGGUAUUGCGCCUCCGAAGAGUGCUUCCUGCCUGAGGCCAAGGUCACUCGGCAGCCAGGCCCUUCGGGGGAUUCGUGUCCUGUGUCUCUCGAGAGCGGGCAUCCUGUGUCCUGGACCAAAGAAGAAAACUACAUUUUCAGGCUUUCUCAGUUCCGAGAGCCGCUCCAGCGGUGGCUGCGGGAUUACCCUCAGGCAAUCACACCCGAGCCCUUCCAGCGCGCAGUCCUUCAGUGGCUGGAAGAGGAGCUUCCAGACCUUUCCGUCUCUCGCAGGAGGAGUCACUUGCACUGGGGCAUUCCAGUGCCCGGGGACGAUUCGCAGACCAUCUACGUAUGGCUGGAUGCCUUGGUCAACUACCUUACUGUAAUCGGUUACCCAGAUGCUGAGUUCAAAUCUUGGUGGCCAACCACCUCUCAUAUCAUAGGCAAGGACAUUCUUAAAUUCCAUGCUAUCUAUUGGCCUGCCCUCCUCUUAGGGGCAGGCAUGAGCCCACCACACCACAUCUAUGUGCACUCCCACUGGACGGUGUGUGGACAGAAAAUGUCUAAGAGCUUAGGCAACGUGGUGGAUCCCAGGAUUUGCCUUGAACGCUAUACUGUGGAUGGUUUUCGCUACUUUCUCCUACGACAGGGCGUCCCCAACUGGGAUUGUGAUUACUAUGAUGAAAAGGUGGUUAAAUUGCUGGAUUCCGAGCUGGCAGAUGCUUUGGGAGGUCUCUUGAACCGAUGCACUGCCAACAGAAUAAAUCCUUCUGGGACCUAUCCGGCCUUCUGCACUGCCUGCUUUCCCAGUGAGCCAGGGUUGGUGGGGCCAUCAGUUCGUGCCCAGAUAGAGGACUAUGCUCUGGUGAGAGCAGUGGCCAUUUUGCCCAAGCAGGUCGCUGACCACUAUGAUAACUUUCAGAUCUAUAAGGCUCUGGAGGCAGUGUCCAGUUGUGUCCGGCAAACUAAUAGCUUUGUCCAAAGGCAUGCACCGUGGAAGUUAAGCUGGGAGAGCCCUGUGGAUGCUCUCUGGCUGGGUACUGUGCUGCAUGUGGCCCUGGAAUGUUUGCGAGUCUUUGGAACUUUGCUCCAGCCUGUCACCCCAAGCCUAGCUGACAAGCUGUUGUCCAGGUUGGGGGUCUCUGCCACAGAGAGGAGCCUUGGAGGGCUCCAUUUCUUGCCUCGAUUCUAUGGAUGUCCAUGCCCAUUUGAAGGGAGGAGGCUGGGACCUGAAACUGGGCUCCUGUUUCCAAGACUAGACCAGUCCAGGGCUUGGCUGCUGAAAGCCCAUAGGACCUAGAAACUCAGUUCUUUUUAGCUUGUGGUAAAAAAUGAAUGUAUUAUUUUCUUAUUUUGCAUUUUCAGGAAAGUUAUACCAAUGUUUUCUCAAGUGUUACAUCAAAUGAGCACAUAAGAAUGUCCUGUGAAAAGAGGUUUGUAGCCUUUCAGGUGCUCCACUCUUCAGUUCUCUGCGUCCAUUAACCACUGUCCUUUGUACACCAUGUCUCUUAGAUGUGUCCAGGGAAAGAUGGGUAAGAAACAGCUUUUUGAGACUAUUCCUUUUCAUUAUACCUCCUUCCAAACCACAGUUAAUUGCCCUAACUACCUCUCAUGGCUUGAUUUUCAUUAGCCUGGCAUCUACUGGGCAAACUAGUGAGAGGGGGUUGGAGGCCCCUACCUCAGCUUUUACAAGGUAGCCCUACUUUGUUAUUUAUGUUGGUUCUCCUAUAGAAAAGAGAUUCUUUCAUUAAAACGUUAAAAACCAGUGUCCUAAACUUAGUUGAAUUUUGCCCAUAUUUUCAAUUCUUAAAACCAUGACUGUUAGUAGUCCAACAGAUAUGCUUUGUAACAUCACACUUCAACCAGUAGAUGGCUCUAGCCAAACAUAUUUAACAUCAUGCUUUCAGAAUGUUUAGAAUAAAAGGAAUAACUACAACUACUGCUUUUUUUUAUUUUAAUAGGAAGCAACAAAACCCCCCAGAAUCCUGUUUUUUUCAGACUACUGAAAAAGGACAUUCGCUUUAUUAAAUGUUUAGUAACCUAGUAAGUAAAUGUAUCAUGUUUGUUUGGAUUAUCUAUGAUAAAUUAUAAAGCUCUCUUGAGGUAGUUGGUAUGUUAAAAUUUUUAAACUUUAAUAACAUUAGGUUUAUAAUUAUGAUUUUUAAAAAUCUGUAAAUAGGUCAAAAAGGCAGUAGUUUCUUUAUAUUUCUUAGUCUUAAUUUUGGGAUCCACAUACAUAAUUUACUUUAUAUGAUUUCUUUUGGUCCAGGAUGUGUAAUACAAUAAGGAAAUUGUGGAAUGGUUAUGUAAAUGAUAACACAUUUACUUCAAGUAAUUUAAACUGAUUAUUUCAUUUUCUCUUUUAAGUUAUUAAAGUUUAAAAAUUUGUAAAUACCUUGUUCAGGUCUGUUCUGUUGCAUUUGUUGAAAGUGAUGGUGAAGAGAGGAAAUGAUCAGUGCUCCAGGAAUCUCAAACUGGGUUUAGGGAUCUCUCCAAGGCUCCAUAAGACACCAUCACAGAAAUGAUGUUAAGCUAUCAAUUUAUACAUGACUGUAACACAGUAAGCCAGUGUUAAAUCUCAAAUGUGACUGGACAGCUAGGCCAAAAUUUAAAAUGAGAACUUGCCUUGAACUAUCCAUCCGAAGUAUGGUAGCAAGCAGAGAGAGCUCACUAUGAAGUAAAUUAUUGUGCUGGUAGUUACCCCAGAUUUAUUCUAGGUGCUACUGUUCAGCUCCAGUUUCUGUUUUUUAAUCACUGUGGGGAGAGAUUUCUUGUUGCUUGGAAACAUUGCUUAGAAAAGAAUGCUUGAUUUCUGAAUGUGGAAGGACCAUUUCUACAAAUGUUCCUUUAGACCCUCCUAUUCUUCAUAAUGGAAGGGCUUUCUGUAUGACAUGUUCUAAUUUCCUGCUGGGAUUACUAGGGCCUAUGAUGGAGUGUAAUUAAUCUGCUAGAGUUGGACAGAGCAAUGUGGUCAAAGAGAUGGGGUGUGUUUCUCUGGAUGGACGAAAACAGACUUGGAAAUCCAGUGGAAUGAAUCUCUGCUUUAGAAGUGCCCUUAUUACACUUGUACAGUCCCUAUCAUAAAUGAAGACAGAGUGUCUCCCACUUGAAUGAUCUUUCCUAUGACUUAGUGCUGGUUAGUACACUGGACCUUGGCUUGCUGGGUGUUAAUGGAGUUCCUAUUGUGCUGUCAUUUGAGCAGGCACUUACCUGGCUACCAGAGUAAGGUACCAGAGAGCACAAGGAAGUAGAGGAACCGAAGAGGAGAGGGCAUAAUUAUACAGAAGACAGGAUAUUUUGAGUGAAGAAGUGUGGUAAGUUGGAUCUGACUUAACUCUGUGGUGUUAAGGAAGAUGAACCAGCUGGAUUCUCUGUAGCAGGCAGAAUAGGUAAAGCAAAUAUCCUUUGGGUAUUCAGGUGAUGUGUUCAGUUUGAUCCAGCAGUUUAAGAAUGGCAAAGGAAGGAUAUGUGAAACUUAGAACUGGAGGACAUGCACUUCCAAGAGACGGCAUCCUAACCCCUUCUGGGAGAAGACGAUAAACUUGUAGACAUCUAAGAAUACCCCUAUUCCAGAACUUUUCUCGGGCAUCUGUGGAUCCCUUGACCAGAAGGAAAUUUCUUCCAAAUACUGCCCUUAAGGCUCUCAAAUACUCAUUUUGGUGUAUUCUUGGAGGCAGUGUUAGCACUGAUUAGGAGUUUAUGGGAUCUCAUGUUAAAGUAAUAAUAAGCUGUCAGCUCAGUAGACUACAGUCCUGUCUAUGAAGUCAUGCAAGAAGUUGUGGGCAGUGUAUAUGUUAAGUGGCCCCAUUGUAAAUUGGUGAGCUAUUCCACAAGUGGACUCACAGAUUAGGCACCUCAGAAGUAGAAGACAUGGCUAUAUAUGGCGGUCAAGAAUAGUCAAGAACAAGAAAUAGAUAUAAUCUCUAAUUUCAUUGAAAUGUCAAUUAUUGUGGAAGUAGGCUUCAUUAUUUUUCUUAAGGACCUCUAUGACCUCUACAGGGUCUGAGAAGAGUCCAAUAAAUUGAUUAAGUUGAUGCCAAAGUACUCAUGCAAGCCUAAGCUGGAACAUGGGUCCUGAGGCACAGGUUUUUUUUUUCACAGUUGUGAAUGGGGCAUAAAGUUCUUUCAAUCUGGGAAAUUCUGAAACUGAAGUAAAGCCAAUAGUUGGUCAGGUUAUGUAUGGGACUCCCAACUAGAAUGACUUAUAAACAUGAAGUCGCUUGGACAGCAAAUGGCAAGUAGCAAGCACUCAACAGAGUGCUCCUUGGUCAUUCCUGGGCCUCUGACUGCCUUAUCCCUGGUAUGUAGUUGCAUUGUUGGCCUACAUCAAUGUAACCUUGAGUUACUGGGGAGGCCAUACCUCUUGAAUAAGGGUUAGUCCACAGAACUGCAGUAUGAUAAUCUGCAGUUGCCUCCUGGAGGCAAUUCCCCACUAUCCAUACUUCUAUCACAGACAACGACUGUUCUUGGUGAGGUUGAAGCUGUUGUAGACCUUGGUGGAUCCCUGUGUUCCUUUUUUGCCAGGAUCAAUAUCAAUGGACCUAAAAGAGUGUGGACAUAGCAUUAGCCAUAUGUCUGUUUUUGCAGCAAAGGUUUACUCGUUAGGCUUGGAGGAGCUAGGGCAAAAAGAGCGCAUUUUAGGGGAUCAGUUUAGAGGAAAGCUGUUGAGUCCCUUGCAAAACGAACACAGUAUGAAAUAAUGUCAUUUCCACACAACGUAGCUGGCCCUGCUCCUUUCUCUUGCAGGAGUUUUGGAUAGGAUUAGCUAACUUUUAUCAAUAGGAACAUACUAAUUUGGAGGUUAAUAUUGCUGGAAUGGCUAGAAUGGUAACAGCAAAGUUAUUAAAGUUAAUUAGUGGGGAUUUUAACCUAAGAAGGCCUUACUCUUUUUUGAGAGAGAGGGUAAGAGAAGCCCAGGCUAAGCUGUUUUCCUCUAUCACCAAGAACUACUUUGAGCUGAGGGGAAGAGACUAACCAAUUUAAAGGUGAAAUCGUCUUCUCUUAGUUUUUAGUUAGUCCUAGGUUACCCAGUAUAAAUCCUCUGAAUUAAGGGAAAAAUGUAAUAGGGAAUAGUUGAUCAUUUCUAAAAUACCCUGCUUAAGAUUAUGAUUAAUCCGUUUCUACUUAUAUUUUCAUGAUGAGGAAAGGGAAUUGGGAAGAGCUACACACCAAGAGGAUAUGGGCUUAAUUAACUAGAAAUGCUACAGUCUCUACUGUGCCUCAUGAAGACUACUGAGAGGUUCAGCCAUACUUGGAUCUUCACCAGAGUAAGGCAAGGCUAUAGUAUAUCUGGGCUCUGAACUGAAUUUCACUCCCAUUUGGUUUAAAACAGUUUAUUCACUACAGAUUUUAAAGUUCACAUCUAAGAACAGGAUGGUAUGAGAUGCCAGAUGUUUCAGGAAAUCAAGUGUACCACCUUCAAGAAGAAAAUCAGAGCUCCACAGAGAGAUAAAACUUGGCUUCAAGUGAUUAAGGAUUUGGGGAUGAAAUAUCUACAGAGGGCCUGGAAGACACUGGUAAGCUGGAGAGACAGUUCUAGGAAUAACUGGAAAUGGAUGAUGCCACUGUUCUUAGAAUAUGGUAUGGUAUGGGGAAAAAUGAUACUAACUUCAGUAUGCUCCUACUCCUAAGUCUGUGCCUUGUGCAUGUACCCCUCAUUAGUUGACAGUCAAUGGCUUGUGGGGUUUAACGUGAAGAUGAACCUAUAAGUAAAGGUUUAUGAUUGACUGGUAUAGUUUGGAAUCAUCAUUUUGUUCUCAUCAAUAUGUUCAAUAAAAACAUGACCAUUAUACAUUUUUCCUGAUUAAAAUAUUUUUAAAAGGGUAGUAACUUAGUUUGGAACACAUUAGAUAGUUUCAAUAAUUUGUAUUCCUUUGAACUAGUCUAGAAGCAUCUAUUGGUUAAAAGCUAUAAAUAUCAACAAUAUAAGUUAACAAGCAUAUUACACAUUUUAAAUUAAUCACUAAAAUAUGUAAUUAUUUCUUUCAAGCAAGAUAAAAAGAAAUGUCAAAACCUAAUCCAACACGAAACAGGAAGGAGAAAAAAGGCAAAGAAAAAUGAAAAUUAUAUUAAAAAGAAAAUGCAUAGUAAGAUGGCAGAAAUACAAAUGUAUCAGUAAUUGUAAUAAAACAGGAUGAACCUUCUAUUAAAAGAAAGCAAUGUUCAAGCUUAAAAUUUUAAAGUUAGUUUUAUGCGUUAGAAGGUAUAUACUUAGAAAAUAAGACAUAAAUACUAUGCAUUUAUUAACCAAAAGAAAGCUGGUAUCAUAAUAUUAAUAGACAGUGUAUACUAAGGGGAAAAACCAUUAGUAAAGAUAAAUGUAUAGGAUUGGCUGACUUUUAUCAAUUAAUAAGAAAGGAAUAAUGUACCAAAAUGUUAACACCAGUUAUGAACUUGUUAUGUCUAACAAUAUAGUCUCAAAAUAUAAAAAUUUAAAAUUGAAAAACAUUCAAGUCUGCAAAAAAAUGAAGCUGCCGUUCAUGAAUUCAGAGAAACUAGGCAAUGAGAAAAUAAAAAUUUAAUAAGUUACACUAGACAUUAACAGUCCUUACUACUCACUACCAAGCAUAUCAUCAUUGCUAAGUGUAGAAAAAAAAUAAAACUGUGUAGCAGGCAAGGUUUUGUGACAAAAACUUUGUCUUUUUCCAUGCAUGCCUCAGUGAAAAUAACUUGCUUUUUAAAUGGAAAUGUCAGCAAAUAUGCCUGCUCACUAAGUCGUUUUACAGAUUACUGAAAGGGGAGAAUACCAGGGUCAUAAUUUUGCCAAAUUUUCUAAUUGUUGGUUGCAUAGCAAAGGUGAAGGGAGAGAACUAAUAGUUGUGUCUCUUAUUUGUGUUCUUUUACUUCUCCUGUCAACUCUAUAAAGUAUUAUUCCUUCUCUGUUUAACAGAAGACAAGUUGAGGAACAGGGAUUAAGUAACUUGGCUAGGGUUAUACAGCUAGUAAAACAGGAGAGCCUAGAAUCAAACUUGUCUCAGUGCCCGAGGCUCAGCACCAUCCUUAGCACCAGCACCACAAUCCAGCACCCAGUAUAUAUUGAGGGCACUGUAGUGGGGAAGAGGAAGUAGUACAAUCAGAUCCAAAGACAAGAUGGAAAGUUUAAAUGAGAACCCUUCAUUGAAAUAUAUCAAUGAGUGUUUCAAGAUGAGGAAUUAGUUCUUGAAAGCUAGAUCAUGAAACAGAUGAGUACCAAAAUAGAAACUUAGAAAAAAUACUUACCUUUUCAUGAAAUACAUUUCUUGUUUGCUUUCAGUAGUUUAUCUCCUAAGCUUGCUUAUGUGUACUUGUAUAAAUUGUUAAAAGUUUUAAUAAUGUUAUAGUCUCUACUUUUCUUUUUCUUUAAGAUUUUGUUUCUUAUUUUCAGAAUAGCAUUCCAAAUACUUGAAUCUAUUCUGUAAGUGAAAGCAUGUUUUGUCAUAAAUUCAUUUAUCUAAGAUUUUGAAAUAACACUUCACUAAUUAAUGCUUUAAAUACACAUUUAUCUCUAAACAUGGAAACAUUAAUAUUCAAAAGUUUUAUUUGUAUUAGAGUAACAAAGCCAGAGAAUUUUACUAGAGGUGACAAAAACUGAAAGUUUUCAUUUCAUACAUACAUUUGUAAUACAAAUGAACUUAGUAAAGACUCAUCUUACUAACAAUUUAAAUUCUAUGAAUUUACUGCACAUUUAUUACUGUAUUCUUAUGAGAUCUUUCCUAACAAGCCUGCAGAAACCAGAUUAAAUGCCCUUUGACUCUAGUUAUUACCAAAGCAAAUACCACCCUUUUAGCUAAAAUGCCACAUACUGGAUAAUGCUUGGAAAAUUGUACCUCAUAUGUAAGAGUCAAGACAUAUUCUAACUUCCUAAAAUUAGAGACGUUAUUACACAUUGCAUAAAGAAUACUCCAUGUUUUACAUUUUUUAUGAGAUGUAGCUAUUGUGUUGGACAUGCGCUAUGCCUUGAAGAAGGGUGAUGAAACCUGUUUAUAAAUGUUUCUUAGCUAUCUAUAAAUUGUAUUUUUAAAAAUUUCUAAAGUAUUCAAGUCCUUGCUAACUUGGAAGCCAAGUACAUCUUAAUUCUGUUUUAAAUAAUUCUUCAGAACUCAUUUCAAAUUCAAGCUACACAGUCCCAUAGUUAGCAAGAUAUAAUGAGUACUCUUUCAGAAUUUUUCUGCACAGAUUUAUGACUUGCCAAUCGAAUAAAAGUGAUGCACUGUAAAAAAAUUCUAUGUAGCAUUUUUAGGAUUUUCUUUAAAAAUCACUUACCAAAGGAAUUUAUAAAGGCUUUCAUAAAGCCAUUAAAUCAAGUUACAAUGUGUAAGAAGCCUAUUUUGGUUUUAUAGAAGAAAAUUGUAAGCACCGAAAUAAAAUGAAUUAUUGAAAAUAUAAUUACAUGGAGGCUGAUGGAUUUUCAUGCCACUUUAAAAUUUGGAAGGAGUGCUUUUUGCUGAAUAUAAAAGAAAUAUUUUUAACAUUCUUUUUGACAUUGUCUGACCUAGUAUAAAAAAUUAGUUAAUCCUCAAGGUGAGAAGUUUUUUAUUAAAAUGCCUACAUAAAAAUCAGUAUUUAGAAGGUAGUUCAAUUCAUAACAGAUUUUAUGUAAAACAUUUUCAGGUGUAACUGAUGUUUUAAAAUUAGUUUUCUAGCCUAUGGAGAGUAUAAAGGAGAGUAUAAAACACUUCUUUUUCCAUAAUCCAUGGAGACCCUCUAAAAGUGGAGUUACCAGCUCUGGGGCCCAAAAUCCAAUAUAAACAUGUGUGUGUGUAGCUAAGUGUAAAAAUUAGGAAAUAACCUGAUCUCAGGCAGAAAAACAAAGAAACAGUGAAAACUUACUGCUUAAUAUCGAGAGUAGUGAGAAGGGGAUUAGCUAAGUCAACAAAGUUGUCAAAACCCAUCAUUGGUUAAGUUUGGAGAGGUAGAUGUUUUAAAUUUUCAGUAUCUGAAGGUAUGAAAGUCUGAGCUCAAGAGUUUUAAACGAGUCAUCCUCUGAAGAUAGACACAUAGCUAGGGCACAGGCAUAAAAAUCUAUUUGGUAAACAGAAUUGUUGCUGAGUUUAUUUUCAUUUUCCCUUUGGCAGAGACAUUAGGAUAUCAGAUGCAUUAUUUUAAUUGAAAGCUCUUCUCACAAGCAGUUGGAUACAGCCUGAAUAAAGUAAUCCUAAGGUUAACUUUACUAGUCAGUAUCUGGGCAUAUAGGGCAUGAAAAAUGUACAUAUAUUAGUAUCUUCUUUUAAUAGUUUGCAUAAUAGGUCAAAUACUAAUAAGGAUUUUAGCAAGUUUCUUUUAUGUAUUGCUAAAAAUGUGUUACAUAAAUGGAUAUUGUGUAGCUUUCUUUGCUUUGGCACUAAAGUUAGACGUGUUAAAAACAGAUCCUAAAUAUGAAUAGCAAGAAACAAACUGAAAGUACUAACAUUAUAUCAAAUUGUUAAGUGUACUUAAAAAUUUUUCUCCAUUACAUAUUUUCUCCAAAACUCCAAAGGAAAAAAAGGUAUGCUUUUUAGUCAAUAGUUUUUAUAUGAACUAAACAUGUCCUAUAUACUAUCAUUGGUUGUUUCAGGACUGUAUUGAUGCUAAGGAUGAGGGUUUGGUCUCCAUAGCUUUGUUCAUUUUUUUGUCAUGACUUGUAAAAAGGACCUUAAUAAUUAAAAGCUAAAACUUUGAUCUCUUAGAGUUAUUAAAGUGGUUUUUGCUAUUGUGGAUAUGUUACAUUAUUUAUAAAAUAAGAAUAAAAUAUCACAAUUUAAGCAGAACAGGGUUUUUUUUGUACACUAAUGAAUUUUCAUACCACCUCCACUUUUCUAUACUUUAAUCUGGAAAGAAAUAUAAUCUUUAUGGAAUUGAAUGAAUGCACUGUGAAAGUACAUCAAUACACUUAGGAAUGGUGCAUAAUUGCCUAAAAUUAGCUGAGAAAAACACUGCAAAUGUAAAUCUUUUUUGGAACAAAUGCAAUUACUUUUGGGACUCUUAAAAUAUAUAAAACUUGUAGAACAAAAACUUUAGAACAAAAUGCCUUAGUGUCUACUGAAUAAGCCUGAGUAAUAAAUACAGGAUUAAAAUGUAUACUGAAAACAUCAGACAAAUGGAGUAUUAGAUUGUUUCAUGAUAUUUCUGACUAGGGCUCUAACUAUAGAACUGGUCCUUAACACACAAUAUGUUACUUUCAGAAUAAAGGUAGCAAGAUAAAAUAUUCUCAGUAGACCAAGUGGCUUUGGAUAUGCCGGAUAUUGCUUAAUACAAGUAUGCUAUUAUUAUGUUUUAUUCCUCAAUCUAAAUAUUUUUAGCCCAGAAACAUUUUGGUGAUAUAUCCAACAAAUAUACACAUUAAUGGAUAAUUCAUUAUCCUUUAUGAGACAGGUAGAAAAAUUAACUCAAGUUAUAAUUGGGUUAUCAUCUUCCUAAUAUAAGAUUUUAAUAUGUAGUUCUUACACUUUCUCAACAGAAGCGCAAAUCAACUUUUAGUUCUGGGAGUGGACGUGAAAUUAAAAUAUUGAAAAAACAAGACUUUAGUAUUGUGCAAUCAAAUUUCAAUAAAUGCUGUAAUAAAUUUCCAUGUAGUCAAUUUAAGCAUUGCAUAUUAUAUAACUUUUGAUGUUAUUUCUCUUCUAUAAAAGAAAUAUAAUAUUUUUACAGAAGAAAGUUGGGAGAUGUACACACACACACACACACACACAUAUAAUAGGCAGCAUUUAAAGAAGUGUUGAUAUGGCCAUUAAAAGUUCUACUUGGUGUGAUUUUUAAUGAUAAAUGCUUUCAGUUCUAUAAGAGCAGUUUCUUUGUAUUUAAAAAGUGAAUUAUAAUAUUAUUUUAUUCAGUCAAUGUUUCAAAAGUCUAGAACCUCACAAACUAAGACCUGAAUGAAAGACAAGAUUUGACACUGUCACUGUGUUAAAUAUGUAUUGAAUCUGACAUGAUAUAUGUAGUAAAUGCUUAUACUUACUAAGAUGCUGUAAGAACCCUUUUACUUCUUAUAUGAAUGACAACAGAGGGCCAGAAGUAGAUAUGGAGGUAUCUUUGUAAGUAUAUUUAAUAAUAGUGUCAACUUUAGCCAUAGUAAUUCAUAUAAAAUGAUAUGAUUUCCAGAUGUUUACAUACAAAUUAUUUUUAUGUGUAUUAAUGUCCGUCAAAAUUUCUUAUGUGAAUCUAGAGUUUGAAAUGUCUUAUUCAUAAAAUAUACAUGGAUCUAAAUGCAAUGAAACUGAAAUAAUGUGGAAGCUAGAAUCUUCUACACAUACUUUCUCCUAAUAAGACAGUGUUUUAAAAAAUUUACCAUAUUACAACAAAUGGCCUGUUGCUAUGUAUAUUCUGUACAUGUCAUGGCUAUGUCUACAAAUAUGAAACAUCUGGAAUAAAACUGAAAAAUCCAAACACCAAAGAUGUUUUUAAAUGGUUGAAUCUGACAUUAUGUUGAUAAGAUAGCCAAAUUAUGACCAACUUUUUCAAACUUAUCAAGAUAUUUGUUUUAUAGCUAUAAUCUUUGUUCUGUUUGUUAUAGAUUAUAAGUCUAUGUUACUUAAGUGUGUGUGAAUUAAAGGAAACUAUGAUUUAUCCUGUA